GUAGCAUACACAUGGUGCGCUGCAGCUUUUUUGACACACUCGCGGGAAUUUAAUAUAAUCAAAACGUUUGCUACUACAUUUGAAACAACCUACUAUGUCACGAAAACUACAAUAAGUCAACACGUGUGUUUCAUUCAACUAGAUAGUUAUGGCUGAAUGUCCAGCAAGUAUUGUUUUGCGAUGUGAAGGAGUCGAGGUAAGGGUUUUAUAGCAUAGCUAGCAAGCUAUCUCCCUCCACCAAUAUGACGAGACUAGCUAACGUUAGCCACUGAUAAAGUUGACAGCUAGCCACUUAUGAAAUUAACAUGUAUUUUGUUUCUGGUUUGAUGUAGAAUAAAGGGUCUGUGGCUACUGACAACUCGGCACUGGUAAAGGCCUAUGACGAAGCCCUUCAAACAUUUCGGGUAAAGUUGACAAAUAUACAAGCUCCUUCCCCUUUCUGUGGUUAAGAUAUAGUUGGUGUAGUGCAGACUGCAGAGCCAUGCAUUUUUUCUUCUUCUAAAUACAUGGCUCUGGUGUAGUUUUACUUAACUAACAAGCUAUAUUCAGCUCAAGGAGAUGGGACAAAGGGAAAGGAAGCACCUCAUGAGAUUUUCCCCUUGUGAAUCGAUGGUGGUUGGCAUGGCUUGAAACCAAAAACAAUACAUGUCAACCUAAUGAAUCUCAUUUGUUUCAUUCAUCCUUCAGAGCUCAAACAUUGAAAAAGAGAGUGGUGAGAAGCUUUGCGACAAUCUACAGAAACUGUCUGAGUCCGAAUCGUGUGUGCCAAGUCUGGAACCAGUUGACCUAAGGGCAAACUCAAAGGUAGUCAAUAGAUGGAACACUGACAUUUUUGGUGUGUGUAGGCUUGAUGCUUUUCCUCAUGAUCUUUGGUCUCUGAUUCUCUUAAUGCUAUGUGGUCAGAUGGCCCCUUCUAAAUCAAGAGAUUCACCCCUUGUGAAUUGACGAUGGGGCGAUUGGUGGGCAUGUGUUAAAACCGAAAACAAAUAGGCCUAGCGUGAAUGUCUCCUCCAUGUUUUCAUCAGAAGAACAAUGAUCCAAUAACAAAUCCUGAAUCAUUUCCUUUGUCUUUGUUUUAUCCUUUAGAGCUGUAAUGAUGAAAAAGAGAGUGAUGAGAGGGUUGGAGACAACCCACCGAAACUGAUGGAAUCAAAACUGAUAGGCUAUAUGGAAGAAUACGAUUUGUGGGAUGUGGUCAGAGGAUGGUCCCUUCCAUUUCAUGAAAUUGACUCCUUGUGAAUUGAUGAUGUCCUCAAACCAAAAACCAAUAACAUGAAUGUCUUCAUCAGAAGAACAAUUUUCCAACACUGAAUCCUGAAUAAUCUCCUUUGUUUCAUCUUUAUCUUUUAGAGCGAUGAAAAUGAGAGCGAUGAGAAGCUUGCAGACAAUUCACAGAAACUCUCUGAAUCUUGUGUGCCAAGUAAGGGACCGUUUGACCCAAAGGCAAACUUAAAGGUAAUCAGUUAGGCUAUUGAUGGAAGACUGAUAUUUUUGUGGCGUAUAAAGGUUGAAGCUUUUUCUCAAUGCGCUUUCUAUCUGUGAUUCUUUGAGCAGUGGGAGGUAGGUUCCCACUGCAAGGCUGUGUGGUCACAGGAUGGGCUGGUUUAUCCUGCCAGCCUGGUCUGGUUGGAUGGGGAGUGCUGCAAGGUGAAGUUUGACAACUACGGAAACGAGGAAGAGAUGAAGCUGAGUGCCCUGCUACCUGAAGCUGCUGACCAGCCCUGGAAGGAAAAACGGGUGAGCCACAGGCAAUAGUGUUGCACGGUAUACCGAAACGUCUGAACUUUUUCGAUACUAGAACAUGAAAAACAGUUUGGUAGUAGUAUUUUUGUUACUUUCGGUACUUCUGUCAAAUGUGUGUCACGUCGUCUACUGAUUGAGAGAGGAUCAAGUCUGUUCCCUUAUAGCGCGAGAGCACCGUGCCUGCUCCACUUUCUCAUUGCUAGCUGGAGCCUGCCAUGAGGAACCACUGAACUCACUGGGAGUCUGGGCUGCAUCACCAGUUAUGCUGCACACAAGUUAAAUCAUCAAAUCAAAAUCAAAUCAAAUGUUAUUUGUCACAUGCGCCGAAUACAACAGUUGUAGACCUUACCGUGAAAUGCUUACUUACAAGCCCUUAACCAACAAUGCAGGUUUAAGAAAAUAUUUUUGAAAUAAAAUAAAAUAAAAAAAUAAAAAAGUAACACGAUAAAAUAACAAUAACGAGGCCAUAUACAGGGGGGUACCGAGUCAAUGUGCGGCGGUACAGGUUAGUCGAGGUAAUUUGUACAUGUAGGUAGGGGUAAAGUGACUAUGCAUAGAUAGUAAACAGCGAGUAGCAGCAGUGUAAAAACAAAGGGGGGAUCAAUGCAAAUUGUCGGGGUGGCAAUUUGAUUAAUUGUUCAGCAGACUUAUGGCUUGGGGGUAGAAGCUGUUAAGGAGCCUUUUGGACCUAGACUUGGCGCUCCGGUACCGCUUGCCGUGCGGUAGCAGAGAGAACAGUGUAUGACUUGGGUGACUGGAGUCUUUGACAAUUUUUUUGGGCCUUCCUCUGACACUGCCUAGUAUAUACAGUACCAGUCAAAAGUUUCGACACACUUACUCAUUCCAGGCUUUUUCUUUAUUUUUACUAUUUUCUACAUUGUAGAAUAAUAGUGAAGACAUAAACGAUGAAAUAACACAUAUAUAAUCAUGUAGUAACCAAAAAAGUGUUAAACAAAUAUUAUAUUUGAGAUUCUUCAAGUAGCCACCCAUUGCCUUGAUGACAGCUUUGCACAUUCUUGGCAUUCUCUCAACCAGCUUCACCUGGAAUGCUUUUCCAACAGUCUUGAAGGAGUUCCCACAUAUGCUGAGCACUUGUCGGCUGCUUUUCCUUUACUCUGUGGUCCGACUCAUCCCAAACCAUCUCAAUUGGGUUGACCUCGUGGGAUUGUGGAGGCCAGGUCAUCUGAUGCAGCACUCCAUCACUCUCCUUCUUGGUAAAAUAGUGCUUACACAGCCUGGAGGUGUGUUGGGUCAUUGUCCUGUUGAAAAACAAAUGAAAGUCCUGCUAAGCCCAAACCAGAUGGGAUGGCGUAUCGCUGCAGAAUGCUGUGGUAGCCAUGCUGGUUAAGUGUGCCUUGAAUUCUAAAUAAAUCACAGACAGUGUCACCAGCAAAGCACCCCCACACCAUAACACCUCCUCCUCCAUGCUUUACGGUGGGAAAUACACAUGCGGAGAUCAUCCGUUCACACACACGCGUCUCACAAAGCCACGGCGGUUGGAACCAAAAAUCUUCAAUUUGGACUCCAGACCAAAGGACACAUUUCCACCGGUCUAAUGUCCAUUGCUCGUGUAUUGGUGUCCUUUAGUAGUGGUUUCUUUGCAGCAAUUCGACCAUGAAGGCCUGAUUCACACAGUCUCCUCUGAACAGUUGAUGCUGAUGUGUCUGUUACUUGAACUCUGUGAAGCAUUUAUUGGGGCUGCAAUUUCUGAGGCUGGUAACUCUAAUGAACUUAUCCUCUGCAGCAGAGGUAACUCUGGGUCUUCCAUUCCUGUGGCGGUCCUCAUGAGAGCCAGUUUCAUCAUAGUUCUUGAUGGUUUUUGUGACUGCACUUGAAGAAACUUUCAAAGUUCUUGAAAUGUUCAGUAUUGACUGACCUUCAUGUCUUAAAGUAAUGAUGGACUGUUGUUUCUCUUUGCUUAUUUGAGCUGUUCUUGCCAUAAUAUGGACUUGGUCUUUUACCAAAUAGGGCUAUCUUCUGUAUACCCCCCUACAUUUACAUUUACAUUUUAGUCAUUUAGCAGACGCUCUUAUCCAGAGCGACUUACAGUUAGUGAAUACAAUUAUUAUUAUUUUUAUUUUUUUAUACUGGCCCCCCCUGGGAAUCGAACCCACAACCCUGGCGUUGCCAACGCCAUGCUCUAUCAACUGAGCUACAUCCCUGCCGGCCAUUCCCUCCCCUACCCUGGACGACGCUGGGCCAAUUGUGCGCCGCCCAUGAGUCUCCCGGUCGCGGCCGGCUGCGACAGAGCCUGGAUUCGAACCAGGAUCUCUAGUGGCACAGUUAGCACUGCGAUGCAGUGCCUUAGACCACUGCGCCCUACCUUGUCACAACACAACUGAUUGGCUCAAAUUCAUUAAGAAGGAAAUAAAUUCCACAAAUUAACUUUUAAGAAGGCACACCUGUUAAUUGAAAUGCAUUCCAGGUGACUACCUCAUGAAGCUGGUUGAGAGAAUGCCAAGAGCGUGCAAAGAUGUCAUCAAGGCAAAGGGUGGCUAUUUUGAAGAAUCUCAAAUAUAAAAUAUAUUUUGAUUUUUAACACUUUUUUGGUUACUACAUGAUUCCAUAUGUGUUAUUUCAUACAAUGCAAGAAGAUACCGGUAGCAUCCAGCUUUUUAGGCUAACUUUCCUUGCUAGCUUACAGCUGAAGCCAACACCAAAGUCAAACUCAAAAGUAAUCAGUAAAACGUUUUGCUACAGUGUGCAACUACUAAAUACACCCUUAGUAAAAUAUUCAUGAUAGCACUGUUGGAAACUUGAUUUCUUUCGGUUCUGCUUCUCAAGCUUGCUUUUAUUACUACCUGGUCUAUUAAAUGUAUAUUCCCCGUAAUGGUGUGUAUGUAUGGUAUUGUGUACCAGGUGUGGAUGCUGGGUUCCCGGUGCCGUGCCGUGUACUCUGAGGAUGGCCUGGUCUACCCAGCGGUGCUGGUGUGGAUGAGAGGCGAACGCUGCCGGGUGAAGUUUGAAGGCUACGGGAAUGAGGAGGAGCUGGAGCUGAGCACCCUGCUAUCUCCAGAUGACCUGGGAGGACACAGUGGAAGAGCUGCUGCCAAGGUGCAGCAAGGGGUCAAACUUCAUUUCAACCCUCAUUUAUGUGGCCUUUAUGACAGACACCAGACGGUUCAAGUAAAGUUUGACAGUAAGAUGUAUCAGACUUUAAAGAUGCACUACGCAGAAAUCGCUCUGCCAUUUCCUGGUUGCUAAAAUUCUAAUAGUUAGCCUAAACAAAACAAGCAAGUAUAGUGUAGCGAGUCAUUGUACCAUCUAAACCGUCGUGAAAUAUAUAUAUAUAUAUAUAUAUAUAUAUAUAUAUAUAUAUAUAUAUAUAACCAAAAAUAUAGUAUUUUAAGAUGUUUGAAGCUGGUGUACAAAACCGAAAGUAAAAGACGCAAAAACAAAACUUAAGAAUGGGAAGCAUAGAAAUAGGUGCACAUAGAACAUAUAUACCGCUUCUUAGACUUGCUUUCAAUGAGAAUGACAGAUCUAUGAUGCACAUUUCUAUGUACAUUUGGUCGGGUUGCCCGAAAACUUCCAUAUUGCAGCUUUAAAUUACAUCAACAAACAUGUCACAAUCCAGUAUAUGGAUGAAGCACUGCGUGGGUCAGCCCAAUAAGGCAAGUUUCUCACCCCUAGGCUGUCGAAGGGUUCAGGUCCACUAGUAACAACAGCGCAGAUUGGAAGAAGAAGGAUAGAGAGUGGAGGACACCUCAACAAGAGGGACGAGAGGAGCCUUCCUCACCUCAGCCACCUGAGUUUCCUCCAGUGAGUCUGGGUGCUAUUCCCUCUUUCAGGACGUCUGGAAUACAUUGUUGACAAAUGGUUAUGGUUUACUGAUGUCUGAUAUUUACAGAUAAGGACGUUUGCAUUCAAAUAUGUCAGACUUGUCCACUAUAGCAUGUCCCCAACCACACAUUUUGAUAUUUGUUGUAUGUUUUUCACACUUUCUCUCUUGUGUUGUUUCAGGGAAAAGACUAUAGCAAAAGCAGCUAUAACCUUGGCAAUGAGCAGGGGGAUAAGAAGAAGCCAAGUAGUCGGAGACAGGAACCAAAUAAUCACCCCUUUCCUUUUUUUCCUCCAGUGCCACCGCCCAAAGGCUGUUUGGUGAGGCUGUUUGCUAUGUGUGUUUCUUACCUACAUGUCUAUCUUCAACCUGUGUGAGACUGGCUACCUCAAGCCUGUACAUCCAGCAAGAGUAAUGUUAUUUAAUGUCUGUGAUAUUAUGUUGUGGGUGUGUUUAUAAAUAAGAGAUCUUGACAGUUUGUAUUUGAGUAUUUAAUGCAGGUGUAAUAAUGUUAUCUUCUCCUCCAGGACUUCCUGUCACUCCUGCCUCCUCCUCCACCUCCACCGUGUGUAUGGCCCCCCCGAGCAGGGCUGGUGGACGCUGGCGAUGGGCUAGACUCGGCCGUGACAGACUUAUCCAGCAUGCUGCUCUCCUGGUACCUGUGUGGCUACCACACUGGCUGCUACAUGGUUAGCAAGAGCCUCUUCCAUUUCUAGACCAUUUGUUCCUAUUGACGGAAACCCUGCCAUGUCCAUAGGUUCUAUUGCCGCGUUCAAAACAACUCGGAAAUCUCAGACUUCCGACUUCAGUGCAUUCAAAACAACUGGGAACUCUGGAGAAAAGAAACGAGCUCCAACUGGGAAAAAUCGAUUUUAAUGGUCAUCCAACUCGGAAUUCCAACAUGGGAACUCGGGCCUCUUUCUAGAGCUCCGACUUUCCGACCUGAAGAUCACUGACGUUGUGAUUUGACCUCAUAUUUUUCAGAGUUCCCAGUUGUUUUGAACGUGGCAACUGUCAAUGUCAAUACUCCCCAUUUAACAUUUCAGGAUCUCCCUUCUCUCAGAUCAUGAUUUAAUUACAACUAAAGGAAACUGAUUUCAUAAUGAUAUAUGGAACUUUACUUUUUGGUUCUUAGGCAAUGCAGCAGACAACGACAAGUCGCAAGAGGGCUCAUGAAGAGAAACGGGCCGAGGAAUAAGGUAAAGUGAUCUACCCUUUAUGUGGUUUCAAAUUCAACUCACUGUAACUCAACUGCUUUAUCAAAGGAUAAUUGUCAUAUUUUAAUUAGGAGGUGGGAUAGCACUGACGCUGUAUAUCGAUCUAUAGCAAUUGAUUAGAACUGUAGGUCUAUUUGGACCUUACGGAAGUGAAGGCAUACGUUUUGCAGUCACUGAAGAUUGCAGACUGAAUAAAUAUCUUAUGAUGAUACAGUGAGGGAAAAAAGUAAUUGAUCCCCUGCUGAUUUUGUACGUUUGCCCACUGACAAAGAAAUAAUCAGUCUAUAAUUUUAAUGGUAGGUUAAUUUGAACAGUGAGAGACAGAAUAACAACAAAAAAUCCAGAAAAUGCAUAUCAAAAAUGUUAUCAAUUGAUGGGAAAUAAGUAUUUGACCCCCUCUCAAUCAGAAAGAUUUCUGGCUCCCAGGUGUCUUUUAUACAGGUAACGAGCUGAGAUUAGGAGCAGACUCUUAAAGGGAGUGCUCCUAAUCUCAGUUUGUUACCUGUAUAAAAGACACCUGUCCACAGAAGCAAUCAAUCAAUCAGAUUCCAAACUCUCCACCAUGGCCAAGACCAAAGAGCUCUCCAAGGAUGUCAGGGAAAAGAUUGUAGACCUACACAAGGCUGGAAUGGGCUACAAGACCAUCGCCAAGCAGCUUGGUGAGAAGGUGACAACCGUUGGUGCGAUUAUUCGCAAAUGGAAGAAACACAAAAUAACUGUCAAUCUCCCUCAGCCUGGGGCUCCAUGCAAGAUCUCACCUCGUGGAGUUGCAAUGAUCAUGAGAACGGUGAGGAAUCAGCCCAGAACUACACGGGAGGAUCUUGUCAAUGUCAAUGAUCUCAAGGCAGCUGGGACCAUAGUCACCAAGAAAACAAUUGGUAACACACUACGCUGUGAAGGACUGAAAUCCUGCAGCACCCGCAAGGUCCCCCUGCUCAAGAAAGAAUAUAUACAGGCCCAUCUGAAGUUUGCCAAUGAACAUCUGAAUGAUUCAGAGGAGAACUGGGUGAAAGUGUUGUGGUCAGAUGAGACCAAAAUCGAGCUCUUUGGCAUCAACUCAACUCGCCGUGUUUGGAGGAGGAGGAAUGCUGCCUAUGACUACAAGAAACGUCUGACCUCUGUGAUUGCCAACAAGGGUUUUUCCACCAAGUACUAAGUGAUGUUUUGCAGAGGGGUCAAAUACUUAUUUCCCUCAUUAAAAUGCAAAUCAAUUUAUAACAUUUUUGACAUGCGUUUUUCUGGAUUUUGUUGUUGUUAUUCUGUCUCUCACUGUUCAAAUAAACCUACCAUUAAAAUUAUAGACUGAUCAUGUCUUUGUCAGUGGGCAAAUGUAGAAAAUCAGCAGGGGAUCAAAUACUUUUUUCCCUCACUGUAUAUAUUAGGACCUACGAUACACCCCUGAGGAUUCUACAGGUAGGCUAUGUACUAUUAAAUGCUCAUAACUCUGUCUGCCUGCCUUUUCCCUUUUCAGGUUGGUUUAAGACCCUAGAAUGGGGAAGAAGACGAAACAGCUGUCCUGUAGAAACAGGACAAGAGUUCCAAAGACUGAAUGUUCUUGUACUACACAGAGGUAGUCCAAUUGGGGCUCUGUGUGUGAUGCAUUCCAGUUUUCAGGGGUUUUUUCUUACUGAAAGUAUGUGUUGUGACCAGAAGAAGAAUGUAGAUGAGCAGUUAGGGGUACGGUGAUCCUAGCUCAUCAAGCCGUUAACUCAGCCUUCCAAAAAGCCUAUUGGAAGUGCUAUCUUUACUUUGACGUUUUUGGCACUUUUCUGUUAUUUUUACUCUUCGAAAAAGCUUUCCC